CUUUUGUCUUGAGUGUGGGUUGUAGUUAAAACAUAACUGCAUGCAAAAUUCUGCAUGCAGAAUUAAAGUCAGUGACAAGACUUUGGAUGGGCAUUAGCAGUGUGCAUGACAACAGUCUGUGUGGGAAGUAAAAAAAUCAACUUUGAUGUAAUCCAAAUUCCCACAGGCUAAAAUUAGCUUUAAUUAAUAUCUACAAACAGCUCUAGAGGAAUACAAGUGCAGCAGAGUCACUUCCAAGAGCUGGCAAAAAGAAGGUUUUAGCCAAAAGUCUAACAUCAAAAAAUGCCUGCAAACAUCACUUCUCUGCUCCCAAAAUGACCACACACCCUAUUUGAGGGGAAAACACAUGCCAUGCACUAUAGGCUAUGACAUGGACUGUACCUGAGAAUCGAUACUAACAGUGUUCACUGACUGUGAAGUUAAAAGGUUUAAAACGCCCCCUUCUAAAUUUUCUAAAAGGUUAAGUUUUAAUAAAUUCCUUUAAUUUCAAAAUAUUUGGUACUAGAUUGACCGAGUAGAGGAGGACCAGUGAGGGUAAAAGUGAUGAACUCUAACUUUCAAUAGCGUUGAUGAUCGUCGAUUAGCAUCUGCUUCAACUCAAUUACUGUGCACACUUAAAACCAGAGGGAUCUGAUGCCCAGGAGGUAGAGCAGUUGUUUAAUAACUGGAAGGUUGGCGGUUUGAUUCUGCCCAAGCCAAGUCUGUCUGUCGUGUCCUUCAGCACGACACUGAACCCACCUUGCUCCCAGUGUGUGUCCUCUAUGGGUGUAUGAUUGUGAGUGAUGUUUGGUUGUGGUAGGGGAGGCCAUUGGCACGAAUUGGCAGCCAUCUUUCUGUCAGUCUGCCCCAGGGCACCACCAGGGUGUGGCUGUGUGAGUGAAUGAAUGAUGUAUCCGUGGGGUCACUGAUAAAAAGCAUUAUAUAAAAUCUGAUGCAUUAUUAUCAUUUUGUUUCAGGUGAGUGAAAUGCAUUGUUUUGAUCAGCAGAAAUUAUGUGUUGUCAGUCCUGCAGCUCUAACUGUCACUUCUGCCCAUGUCUUGGCUUUACCAGCCCAAUAUAUCAGUGCCUAUCGGGGUACUGUUUUGGCUACGUCUCACAAGGACAAUAAAUGGCGCUCACUUGACCUCAUAGCGGCUGCCUUUCACCUUUUAUUUCAAACAGUUUUUAAAAAUCAACACAAUUUAUGUUUUAAUUUUCUCCAAAAAAAAGGAUGGAAGAAGAGCUCUGCACUUCUGGGUCAUGUAUGAGAAUUUAUUAUCUCUUGAGAGGCAUUAUCUCGUUUCACUCACAAAUGGAGUAUAGUACAAGACAAAUUCCAACAUAGCGCUUGCAACCCAGAAAACCUUUAGAUCAUUAGCUAGACUACAAACUUAACAGUAAAACUGGACUUGAGUUUUGUUGAUUUUUCAUCCAGGAAUAAUGUCUACUUUUCAUUUUGACAGUUUAGGGAGCAUGUUUAUCAACCAAUUUUUAGUAAAUUCAGACUAAAGAAAUUCCAACCAUUUUGAACUUUGGAGAUUCAUGCAUAUUUCUCAAGUAGAUUAAGUUAAAAAAUAAAGUAGUCAAGCUGUAUUUUCUGAUACUUUCUAAUUCUGACCUGUGAAAGAAGAGCUUUGGGGCUUUGGGCUAUCUGUGUCACCAGAUAUUCCACAAACUACAAGCACAAAAUUGGCUGUAUAUUAGUCACAUCAUAUACUUUUGACAAAAAUGUAUGUGUACAUCAGUGCAACCCCACAGUCACUUACUAAAAGGAUAAGUGUAUGAAAAAUUCAAGUGGAGCAGGAUCCAGGCUGAGGAAAGAAAAACCUAACAUCCUGUCUUUACCUCACAGCUGUAUUUUGUCAUUAGUCCAUGUUAGUUUACAAAUAAAGUCUAUUAGCAUCAUGGAAAGAUUGAUCUUAUGUUGAUCUAGAAGAAGUGGUAACUGUGGGUUUCCUAUGGCCAGAACAGUAUUAUAAUUUUGAACUCACUUUUGAAUGACUAAACACUCCUGAACUUUAAUUUAGUGUCAUAAUGUUGGGAUCUUAUGCAUCCAUGCAUUGCCAAGAACGUGUGAGUGCUUUCCGCAGCCACAGUCACCCUAGCAGCAGAGAAAAUAUUAGACUGGAAACACUAGUGGGGAGUCACCAAGUACAUUCACUUGAGAGCUGUGCUCAAAUUUUGAGGUAUAUGACCAUUUUAGGUAACUUUAUAUUUUAACUUUACUCGAUCAUAGAUGAAAAUACUGCAGCUUUUACUUAUCUAUAUAUUUAAUGGCUAUUAUCAGAUCAUUUGCAGAUCCAUGGCAUCAGCUUGAGGCCUUUUUAAGUUAUUCAGACACGUUUUUAUGACUCCUCAAGGCCCUGUGAUGUAAAAUCAAUAAUUAUUCAUAAACUCAAUCAAUCAAUUAAUUUUUAUGCAUAUUGUGCCAAAUCACAGCAGUCGUUAUCCCAUGAGUAACAUGAGUGAAGUGCUUUUCAGUAUUUAGCAGGUUACGGUGGCAAGGAAAAAUUUCCCUUUGACAGGCAGAAACCUUGAGCAGGACCAGACUCAUGUUAGACAGCUACCUGCCACCACUGGGUGGGGGAAGAGAGAGGAUGGAUGGAGAUACAAAGAGAGAGAGUAAUAGACUCCAAAUUGUAAAAGCAUUGGAGUAGAUCUUUUGUUUGUGUCACUUUUCUCUUAUAAAACACUUCUCUCCUCUUAAGAUUUAUUUUUAUGACACUUUCAAAGGGGCCUGACCUGCAGAUUGGUAACCUUUUCAGAGUAGAUUACUGCCCCUGCAAACAGUAAUGCAAGUAAUAAAAUAUUAAAACUGAUUGACUCUAACAUUAUUUGAAUAGCAUUUUUCUCUUUUUUCUCUAUCAUGAUCGGAGUUAGUAUAUUUGAAUGCUUGAUUUCAUAUGAUCUUUACAUUAUUAGAUUGGCACACAAAAUAAAAUGUAUUUCUAUCUCUGACUGAGACAUGACAAGGUCAAUGAAAUUUUGGAGCUGUUCACGUGCCUGAUACACCUGUAGUAACUUUUAACUUUUAGUUCCCAAUAAAGGAGACCCAUUUGUGGACAGCAGCUUGCACCUGAUUUUUUUGCAUGAGUUUUUGAACAUGGCAGAUUUACUUUUAUUUUGUUUUUGUAACUGUAAUAAAUAUAAAAAGUUCAUUUCAGCUAUGCUACUCUCAUAAAUAAUGUGCAUACUUUUAGCCUUGAAAGUAUAUGCAUUUUGAGCCUAAGGUCUUCAUGACCAUGCUGUUGUUUGUCUCUAUUCACCAGUCCUUUUUGUGAAGUAUCUUGAGAUAACAUUAGUUGUAAAUUGAAGCUAUGAAAAUUAAUGAUUUACAAACUGAUCAUUGCCCCUGGCUGGUCCUGUUUACAGGGGGAUCAAAAUCUACUUGUCAGAGCAAACAAUGCAACACCUGGCAAAGGCUCUAGUAACAUCAUGCAACUAAACUCCUUAGACUCGUAAAAACUGAACCCAGCAGUGUAACUUCCACCACUUCAAAACAGCACAUCACCAUAUUGUUAAUAAGUCUCCUCUAGUUUGUUGUUAAUAAGUCUCCUCUCGUUUUAUUAGUGGUACUAGUUUGACUGGAGUGGCCAAACUGGAGCUUUAACAUUGGACGGGUUGGUCAGGUUUUUUAAAUUUUAGGGGCUUGGGGACACAACCCAAAUAGUUGAUUUAAAUAUGGGUGCUACCUCGACAAAGGCAAAUAGCAUUCAGGAUUAUGCUAACCUCCAGUUGCUGCUUCAAUCAAAUUUAAAAUCCUACUUAAUAUCAAAAAACAGUUACAAAAACAGCCCCAUCCAACCUGCUAUUCCUAACCCAGGUCUCUACAUCCCCUCCUGCCUACAAUGCUCUCACAUCACGACCCUAAUAAGUCACUCAUGAGAAUCUUCUCCUCUGUUGUUCUCAGGUGAUGGGAUGAAAUACCUAAAUCCAUUGGAUUUAGUGAAUUUACGAAUUCGGGUUUAGGAAGGAAGAAAGAGCUUACCAAAUGGAUAUGCCAUGAAAUAAUAGCAAAUGACCUCAUCUUAUGUAGCUCAAACUUUCUACCACUUGAUGGCAGCAGAGACUCUGAUGUAGAACACCCCAAGUAUGUGUAUUUACACUAUGUUUUUGAGUAAGAACAUUACAUGAAAAAAAAAAUUCAAUGGUGAAGAAUAGAGUCAAAAAAACUCUGAGGCGAAACUUGGGUGAAAUUACACAGAAUGUCCUCCCCUCCUCUAUCAACAACGGUGUAUGUCUUUACCAAGGAAAUGGCUGAGUCCUGGGGUAAUACCACUACCUGUACAGUCUCAUGGGCUGUGCUACUCCAAAAUACAAAUGAGCUUAACUUUUCUUUGCAGCACUACAAUAAUAGAGCUAAAGACUUGGGUCACAGGAUUUACUCUCUACUGGAAAGCACUUACAUCACCAGGCAUUUCACUGAGAAAGUGUAAGGAGUUGAUUUAUUCUCUUUACCAUAAUCCAUUACAGAACAUGGUAUCCAUGAUUUAUAAUCAACGUGCACGUUCCACGAUAAAUGUUGGCGGUCAAAGGUCAAACUUUCCGCAAAUUGUUGGGCAUUGAAGUUUUAAUUUCAGUGUCACUGGUAAAGAGCAGAAGGUGAGUAUCACAACACAUAUUUUCACAUUUUUUUCAUGGUGGUGGGGGAGGGGGGAGGGGGUCAAAAAUUAGAACUCCAGUUUAACUUCGAUAACAUGCCUUUGCUUCACCUUUUAUUGAAAUAAGAUGACAUUAAAUAAAGAGUUUGCCUCUAUUUUUAUACUGGCCAAGGGUUGAUAAUAUUACAUUUGGUCGGAAUAUAAAUGUCUAUUACACUCUGAUAAAAAAAAGGCUAAAACACUUGUAGUAUUUUUAUAAGACACAUAGGUGCAUGUUGGUGAACAGUUUAUUCAAUUUCAUAGUGCGCACCUUUUGUUGAGGGUUUGAGGUGAGUCCUUAAGGUUCGACUUUAAAGGGUACACCUGGUGCUUAAAUCUUAAAACAUUGCGAAAACGAUGACUACGAAUCCAAUGUAGUCCAUCAGAGAACUUAACUGUACUGUUUGGUUAAAGUUAGGACAUAAUUGUAGACCCCGAAGCAAACUACAGCGUAAAGGUUCUGAAUUUUAACUCUUGACAUCCCUACAAAAACUACCAGUGCGCCCUCCCAACCAGAUGAUGUCAUACAAAUUGCGCAGCCAUUUUGUUAGCUAGCUUGAGGUUAGAGAGGUUGGCUGCAGUUGCACAGCUGCAAAUAUUCACACUGGUUUGGCGAUUUCGCUCUUAAAAUUCCACCUCAUGAGCAGACCUAUCAAUGUUAUUUUUCAUGUACGAAUUUCGGCCAAGCGUUUUUAGACAAGAGGAGGGUCCGUGUAUUUGUUGACAGUAAACAUAGUCCGAAAUUGUAUGCUCAUUCAUUUUUCAAGCUGCUUUGAGUUUGCUAGCUUGUUAGCGAGCUGGCUAACUUGUUUACGCGUGCUGCCCAUGGCCUAAAGCUGCUACACGUGAGAGAGUUGUGGAGUAAGUCCUAGUUUGGCAAAGUUUGUCUGUUUGCGUCUUUCUGUCGUUGCAUUUCAGUUGCGUCAUCCCGUUAACAGAAGUAAACCUCCGCGAGCGUCGUCACUACAAACUCGCACGCAUCGUCCCGGUGUUUGCUGGUAACUUGAGAUCUCUCCGCUGACUCCUCUUGGAUCAGCGCUCAGCCAAAUCAGACACCAUGUCAGAGCUUUACAUUCGUGUGGCUGAGGAUGAAAACGAAGAGCCCAUGGAGAUCCCCUCAGAGGACGAUGGUACUGUUUUGCUGUCGUCUGUAGCGGCACAAUUCCCAGGGGCGUGCGGGCUGCGGUACAGGAACCCGGAGUCCCAGUGCAUGAGGGGGGUCCGACUCGUGGAGGGUAUCCUACAUGCUCCAGAAAACGACUGGGGAAGCUUGGUGUAUGUCGUCAACUACCCCAAAGGUGAGACAGGUGAUAGUGUUUACAACUUAACUUUACACCGACCAGCCACAGCGACCAUGAAUACCUGAGCAAUGAGGUGCAACCCAGUAUACCAGCUCUGCCUCGAAUCUAAUUUUCUGUAUGCUUUUACUCAGUCAAUUUUGUUGACAUGAUCAGACAGAUGAUAAUAAAACUCUAAAUUUAUUAUUGAAGAUGUGGAGGUGUACUGAGAUGUGUCACAGUAAAAAAAUAUUUUGAGCGAAACACGAGAUAGAUCUUUUAAUAUGAUAUACUCUACAACACACCAAACACCCACCACAACUUAAACAAGUAAUUCAAAGAACAAUUAUCACCUGUUGAAUUAUGAAAAUAAGUUGAACAUGUAAAACAUGGGUUUUUCUUUGGUUUGUCCAGGUGUUAAUAAUGUUGUGGCUGGUCACAUUUUCUGAUAACAUAAGAUGAAAUUACCCCAUAUGUCUUGAAAGGGUUGGGUCACUGUCACUGCAGAAUCAGACCCGUCUUUGUGGUAGUAAUGGUAAGAUGUUGGUGUUCUAGUAAACAUAACUAGAUCUUUGACAUUGUGCAACAUGAUAGACUUAAACGGUCUACAACACCUGUCCUCAAACUCUUAAACAACACAGUAGAUGACUUGGUUUGUGCUCGGUGUUACGUGUGGCCUGGAAUGCCACUGAUGCUCUCUGUCUCUGGUCUCCCUUCUCCUUCUGCCACCUGCACACCUGGGUGCACUCUAUUUAACAUUUUCUACCUAUGGUAGUCCAGUUUUCGCUCUUUUUUUUUUUUUUUCUUACUUGGGUUCCAGUUAGGGUUGGGCGACAUUUAUAUUUUUUCAUAUCAGUAAAUAUCGAUAUAUAUCGCAGGAUAGAAAAAUUACUUCUGAAUCUUAAUUGUUCCCUGUUACUCUUAAAUGAAAUGUAACAGUGCUUAUUGGUAGCAUGUCUUUUGCAAUACAAUAAGCCUCUGCAUCUGUGAGGUCUUUGUGUCUCCAACGUUUUGUUGAAGGCGAUGCGCUAGAGAAAGCGGACUGAAUGGUCGGCUGUUUCGGCUGCUCAGGCGCCAUGGGCUCCUUGCUCUACUCGGGGUUAGUAACCUUUUGCACUGCCAGUGUUCUACUGCGUGGCACUGCUUCAGGUGGUGAAAAAGAUUUGAGGUAUUCCCCAAAUUUACGACAACAUAUACUCACCAUAUUUUGCAGUGCACAUUACUCUGCUUCAUGUUCGACCUCAAAAAAAACAAAAUACUUCCACACCACCAACGUUCUCGUGCCAGUGUUGUUGACGAUAUCAUCAUCUGUUGAACCUUCAUCUGCAUUUCUGCUGGGGGUAGCACUCAUUUUCUUUUUUUUUCUCACCAACAGUGCUGUCGGCUUCACGUGUUAAAGUGCUGUGGUUGCGUCUAGUUGCAGCCUGCUACUACACAGUUGUUUGCUUCUUGGUUCUAAUUCAGCACAUGAUUGGUUCAGCGUCAAGCCGACCUAGAGCAAAUCCCCUUUUCAUUGGCUAUUCGUAUAGUCUACCAAAACAUGGCAGAAUUGAUUUUCGAGAUAUAUUAUUAUCAUUUAAUCGCCCAGCUCCAGUUCCAGUUAUAGUUUUGUUAGGGGGAGGUUCUGACACAACGGUCCAUUGCUCGGCUGGGCCAGCAUCUUUACCUAUUACUUCAUUUUGGACAGGGUCUCCAAUUCCUUUUGUUUGUCCGUGGUUAUUGGAUUCAUUUUUAGGGAAAAUAAAGCAUGCGGGGUUAAUUUUUCAUUCAUUUGUGAUGUCCCUCUGUUCGUAUGUUAUGGUCCCUUUGUACGAGCUUUUGGGUUUUUUUAGUGUUAAGGAGGCUGUAACACUUGGGUUUAUCCAACAUUCAGCUUAGCGUCUUGUUGCUGAAUGGAAGCAAAUCCCUGCUGCCAGAUCUUAGACAAGGGUAGAAAAAUUUCUCAUAGGAAUGGGUUCUGUUAUAAGUGCGCACUAUUAUACAUCAAACUUUCAGCACGUGUUGUUCCGUCAGCACUCUUUUAACUGUCUAUGUAUCAUAUCUGUUGUUUGUCACUGUCACCACAGUCCUGUUUUGGGUUGAGAGGCUUAAAAACCUUAAACUCCAUUUAUUGGAGAUUUGUAUUAACAUGUGCUUGCCUCUUUUUUCUUUUGUUACAAAUCUAUUUUUUGUCCACAGAUAACAAAAGAAAGAUGGAAGAAAUAGACGCUGCCUCAGCUGUAAAAAUAAAAAGGGGCUUUCAGAAGACAUCAGAUCUCAUUGUCCUCGGGCUGCCAUGGAAAACAACAGAGCAGGAUCUGAAAGAUUACUUCAGUACUUUUGGGGAAGUCAUCAUGGUGCAGGUAAUGGCAGCUUAUCAUUUCUGCAUCCCACAUAGUUGAACACUGAUAUCAUUGAUCUUUUCUAGUUUGUUAAAAAACAGAAAUAAAGCAAGAUUUUUUUUUUCUGCAUUCGUUCCAGGUCAAAAGAGAUGCUAAAACUGGCAACUCAAAAGGGUUUGGGUUUGUUCGGUUCACUGACUAUGAGACUCAAACCAAAGUUAUUGCUCAGAGACAUAUGAUUGAUGGACGAUGGUGUGACUGCAAACUUCCCAAUUCAAAGGUAAUGAGUUUAAUUCAAAAGUAAUAAUGGUCACAGUUUUUAUGCGUAGUCAGUUGUAUUGUAGUCCGGCCAAAACAGCUGGCAUUGACACCUGAGACGGAAUCAGAUGUAGAAAAGUCCAACCAAAAUAGAAGCAAUUAUGUAAAAAGUAUCCAAGUAAAAGUGCUCAAAUAUUUAGGCCUUGAAAUGUACUGACAGUGUAGUCCAAAUUAGACUUCAGAAAGGCUUAUCCACCUGACUAAUCAUACUGGCCCUUACAUAAUGUUUGGGAGACUCCAGUACUGACAUCAUAAUAAAUUUAGAUGGCACUGAAAUAGAAAGAGAACAAAUGGAGAAAGACAACAAUAUCUGAGCUCUAAUUUACGAUUCAAUUAUUUUGAGAAUGUUUUGCUUCUCUGAAUCUUGAAUGGUAUAUAUAACUUAAUGUCUGGUACAUGGUUAGUUCAUUGGAAUCCUAACAGGGUGAAACAAGAUGACAAAGCAUUAUCCUAUCUAAAGCGUAUUAUUCUGCCGAGCAAAGUAACACAGAAUGUAACUGCUUAUGGUUGAAGUUUCUUUGUGAAUUAGACCUUCACUCAUCAGCCCUGCAGCUGUUCCCUCAAGUGAAGGACCAGAUCCAAUAUCAAAUUAUCGAGGCUGUAUAGCCUACCAAUGUAGCAUAUAAUUGUAAUGCUAAUUUAACUUCAUUGUUAACAAACAGAAGUAAAAAGUGCCACAGCUGUUGAGUUGAUAUGAUGAUAUUAUUCAGAAUUAAUAACUAUUAUUAAGGGGGUUUGACUUAUCAGAAUCAAGUAUUUGGCAGGUGAGCGGUAAAAAAGCCUGCUACUAAGCACCAUUGGGAAGGUGAAAACAGAAUUAUAUUUUCUUAAUGUUAAGGACCAGUUGGUAGGAUCUUAAUGGCCAUCUGGCAGUAAGACAUUUUUGUUAAGUCCAACUGAAUAUUUAAGGGUUGAUGCUCUUUUUGAAAAGAUCAUAGUGGGCUGUUUGAAGAGGGUAUCAGAGGGCUUCGAGCUUUUAAUUAAAUUUCAGUUGUGUCAGAACAGGAAGACAUUCCACAAACAACAAACUUUAGUGCUGUAAGAUGAAAUUAAAUAGAAGAAAAAAAGAGAGAAAUCUCCCUUUUUAGUUCUUAUGAUUUAAAAAUGCUAUUAAUUGUAUUUAAAACUUAAAAAAAAAAAAAAAAAGCUGAGUGAUAGUUUUGCAGCUUGAAAGCAUUUAACAACGUAGAUAAAAUAAUUCCACAGAAGGUUUACUUAGAAAAAAAUGAAGACAUAGUUUAUCGUUUUCUUCCUUGUCUUUGGCUCCUCAGGCAUGUCCAGAUGAGCCCAUGCGGAGCCGCAAAAUCUUUGUUGGUCGCUGCACAGAAGACAUGACGACUGAUGAACUGCGGCAGUACUUCAUGCAGUACGGUGAAGUCACUGAUGUCUUCAUCCCCAAACCUUUCCGGGCGUUUGCAUUCGUCACUUUUGCUGAUGACCAGGUGAGAUUUAACUUGAGUUGCAGAGUUUGAUAAUAAUUUGGCAGUGUUAAAACGACUGUAUUAAUAGUCCUUUUGUUCGCUUGCUUCCCAGGUUGCCCAAGCCCUGUGUGGAGAGGACCUGAUCAUCAAGGGUGUCAGUGUGCACAUCUCCAACGCUGAGCCCAAGCACAAUAAUAGUAGGCAAAUGAUGGAUCGUGGGCGGUUUGGGGCUGGUGGGUUCAGUGGGGGUUACGGCAGUAAUCGUGGUGGGCUAGGCAGUGGUAGCGGUGGGGUUAACUUUGGGGCUCUUGGUCUGAACCCUGCAAUGGUGGCUGCUGCUCAAGCAGCACUGCAGAGCAGUUGGGGAAUGAUGGGCAUGCUGGCUAACCAGCAGGGUCUGACCACAGCAGCAGGCACAGCCACAACAACCCGAGACCAGACCUAUAGCUCUGCCAGCACCAGUUACAGCAGCCCCAGCUCAGCCAGCCUUGGCUGGGCUGCAGGCACUAACACAGCCUCCAGCGGUGGCUUCAGCUCCGGCUUUGGCAACUCCAUGGAGUCUAAAUCUUCUAGUUGGGGGAUGUAGUUAGCUUCAAAUUGACCAUUUCUGUUGCUAUUAGGUUGAUCUGGUAAGUAUUCUUACAGGGGAACUGCUUAUAUCUUAUGUUCCUAUAAUUUAAAGAAACACUGCCUUUUAUUUUGUCUACAAGAAAAUUUAUACUUGUGUGAUUGAUCAUGUGGUCAUCAUUUAAUGAGUGAAAAUUUCAGUUUUUUAGUGGAAAAUGCCACACUCCUUUUAUGUUUUUGAGAAAAUGUUACACAGAUGACUGUGCAUGCAAGCUGAAUAUUUAUGAACAUGCACGACUAUCUCCAGAGCCCCUCAGCCCCUUGUACAACGGGCUUGAUAUGAUGAUAUGUGUUUAUGCAGUUGAUUGCAUCUUUUUGUUUGUUUUUGUUUGACGUCUUUUGAAAAAGCCUUCAUGAAAAUCUCUUCUGCAGUUCACCAACUCUUUCCCAAUUUCCCGGGAGGAAGCGCCUCAUUGGCUGCAAUGUUCGCCAGAUCUCAGUAUCAAUUCCCCUCUUCCCAUGUGUAAAUGCUUUGUCAUCAAAGAACACAGCUUCACUCUGCAUAUACUGUUUUCGACGGUGGGUGUUGUCUUUUUUUGUUGUCUUUUUUUGUCGCUUUUUUGAGAUCAAUGAGUGGGACUGGUGUUGGACCGAGUGAGAGUGAGCGAACGGGAGAACAAAAUGAAAGGAAGCAAGUGUGAGAAGGACUGUUUGUGGAAAUCCUUUUUUAAGAGACAAAUGCCUGCGAGCGUUGAAGAACCUGUGGCUUUGUGCGAGUGUGAGAGGAGGAAGCAAGUACGAGUGUGUCCCUACUGGCCAUCACAAGGACAUUUACUGCGUCUCGAGAUCUCUGUGGUCUCAGCUUUCUCUCAUUGUUCUCUUUAAAAGACAGUGAAAACAAGAGUGCUUAGAGUAUUUGUAUUCUUUCAUAGCUUUCUCUUGCUGUCUGAUUUGAUGUGAAUGCUGUGUCUGGUUGUGUGCUUUUUUUUCUCCUUGUUAUCAUCCCCUCUGUGUGAAAAUGUGUCUUUGUGACUCUGUGAAGUCUGUGUGGGGAGGGGGGCAAACAUGGAAAGUGUGUUGAAGUUUGCAAGCAAGUUUUGAGAUUGAUGUGGUGAGUGUUUGACGAGUUUCCAUUGAAAGUUUGUGUUUGAAGUGGUUACGAAUGCAUUUUCUAUGUUUUGUGAAUCUAAGGGAAGCCUGAAUAAAACUGAAUUUGACUAGGUAUAACACACCUUUGACAGUGACUUAUUUUUUUAACUUUACAUUAAUGGAAAUGCCAACACUUUAAUUCACAUGUAUAGGAGCCUUGGACAUGGACAGCGAAGGUUAUCGUCUGAAUCCAGGUUGGAGUGAGUUAUGGACAAACUGAAGACAUUGUCGGCACAAAGAGUGGAAUUGCUGCACGUCUACCUUAAUCCUGAAAAGAUUCUUCUUCACCUUCACUUGCAAGAACACCUGGACCAUCCUGUCAGGAAAUUUUAAGUGGACAACACUCACUUGGUAGAGGUACUUUAUACCUACAGAUGUCACAAACAGGGCAAAUGUCACACUGGAGUGUUAACGGUUCAUUUUUAUUUCAAACAUGAAACAUGCAGCCUGCCUUAAAUCUAAAACAUGCAUUCUGUCAGUAAAUACUUUAUUCUUUGUUACAUCAGAACUUAAAGAAGUACUAACUCUAAGGUCUCAUUAAUGUGAGCAUUUAAAAAUGGCAGCUUGUGAUCUUGUGAUGUUUGAUUGUAAAAUGGUUUGAAUGUAUGAGCUAAAUGAUAUCCAAAGGGACUUGGAAUAACAGACUGAACAUACCAGCAGGAAUUCACACUUUCUGUAUUGAAAUAUCUUAGAAUUGCAGUGCAAAAUAAAGGUUUGGAGUUUUUUUUAUUGCCUGUCAUCUGUUACAUCUAUAGGUCAGUAUAAGUGUUUUUCUACCUGUUUCCCAUUUACUCCAUUUAGACAGUUUUCUGUAAACUCAGACUUGGUUCUUGGUGUGAAAUGUGCCAGAAGUGUCUUGUGUAGUUUGUUGUGUGGUUGUUGGCUGUAGUUAGUGUAGUUUCAAUGUUUUACCUGCUGAGGGUGCUGUGGUACCAUUUUGGUCUUAGAGCAUGUGAAACAAGACUCCCAAGUCAUCAUUUAUUCAUUAAAAUAUAUUGAUUAGCUGUAACUUUGUGACCACCCACCUGAUACGAUAAAGAUCCACCUCUAAUCAGGUCAGGUCCAAAACAGCCCUGACCUGAUGAGACAUGGACUCCACCAGACCUUUGAAGGUGUGCUGUGAUACUGCACCAAAACAUUAGUAGCAAAUCCUUUAAAUCCUGGAUGUUGUGAGAGGAGGCCUCAGUGGAUCUCACUUGGUUGUCUAGCACAUCUUAAAGAAGUUGGAUGGAAGGAUCAGGAAUGUAAAGACCAAGUCAAAACUGCUGCGUAGCUCCAGGCUACCUACCCUGUGGUCCAGUUCUGAUGCUCAUUCAUCUAUAGUAGGAGCUUUCAGUGGUGGGUGGAUAAGUCUGUGUACCCUCAAUAGCCCAGAGUCAUUUCACCCAAAACAAGAAAAACUUACAUGUGCUCUUAGACAUGACUUUCAUAACAGUGAUUAACUCUCUCAGCACUUUGAGCUGCUGGGUCAGAUCACGUCAGUCAGCCUUUACUUAGAAAUAGCCUCGAGAUGCUCAGUCAAACUUGGAGUUUUUUUCUUUUCAAACCUAAAUAACAUUCCUGCUGGAUGUUUUCAACUGUAGACUUGUUCAAAAACUUUGAUUGUAAAUGAAAAAAGGCUGUUAAAUUGAGAUUAAAUUGAGUCACUUAACCUACUAGCAGACUAGAUUAUUUAAAUGAGAAGACUAAAUCUGUUCACAAGGUGAAUUUUGUACAACACUUACUGUUAAGGCCACAUACAUCCCUUUAGUUACUGGAGUUGAAGUUAAACUUGUUGCUAAACAUUUGGGAUCACAGGAUGAAUGGAUGUGCUAUCUUUUGCAUCAAGCAGGUCCAGGGAAUGUUUCUGCAUACCUGCCCCUCGGUACCUCCCUGAUCCACAAAAAGAAAGAGUAGCUCAAUUGUUCCUGAGCACCUGUCAUUCAUCUGUAGUUUGGGGUUUGUUUACUUCUCUGGUAGCGAAACAGUUGAUUCCAUUGCUCACUGAUCCAAUAUAGUUGUGUCCAUAUUCAUCUGGAUUCAGCAAAGUCCGUAAAGUAUUUUUAUUAUUAUGUUAUAUGUUAUACAAUCUAUAUGUACAAUAUUAAUGCAAUGAUCUUAAUAUAGCUAUGUAGUUCAGAAAGGGAACCUGAUUGUAAAUCUUGUGAGGUAUUGCUGUGUUUGACAGUAUUUAGAUUGAGUAUAAAAACCAGUAGUCUGCUCCUGUCCAGAAACAAAACAGAUUUAUGAAACAUACCAUCAGACUGGGAGCCAUGCUCUUGCAUUUAGAUGACAAUAAACACCAGUUUGUGUUGA